AGGCCCCGCAGCGUUCGAGAACUGAUGCGAUGAGCGAGAUUUAUGUUCUGACUUUCUGUGCUCUCCACUCUCUUCCUUCUCCUCCUACCCAGUGAGCAUAUUUGCAGGCCUGUCACCAUGGCUCUCGUGUCAUCGACCGGUUUCUUCCUCCUGGUUGGAAUCGUAGCUGCGUACUUGAUUAACAAAUUUGUGAACCAAAAGAAGCACAGCCACCCGCUGCCACCAGGCCCCAAGGGCCUUCCCUUGCUCGGCAAUGUCAACGAUCUCCCGAAGCCAAAUGGAGAAAUUGAAGCACAACACUGGUUGAAGCACAAAGAUGAGUACGGACCGAUCAGCUCCGUCACGGUUCUGGGCCAGACAAUAGUCAUCAUAAACGAUGCGCAGAUUGCACUCGAGUUGCUCAGGGACCGAGCGCAGCACCAAGCUCGCCCUCACAUGGUCUUUGCAAGUGAUAUGAUUGGAUGGAAGAACACAUUGGCUUUCAGCGGCUUUACGGACAACUUUAAAAUCCAUCGCAAGAACAUCGCCAGUGUUGCCGGCAGUAACACAUCUCUCAAGCUUUUCGAUCGCGCGCAAGAGGAAGAAUCUGUCCAUUUCCUACUCAAUGUCCUCGAAUCACCCGAAAAUUUGUUUGAACACAUCAAGAAGGAAGCUGGGGCCGUUAUUCUGAAAAUUACAUAUGGAUAUACCGCAGAGCCAAAGGGCAAGGACCACCUUGUCGACAUGGCUGUCAAGUCAAUGCACGAGUUUUCACAGGCGACGAUAGCUGGUAAAUGGCCAGUCGACAUCAUGCCAUUCCUGCAAUAUUUGCCCGAUUGGCUCCCAGGCGCUGGUUUCAAGCAGACUGCCCGCGACAUGGAGGAGCAACUGAGGCAGACUACUGAACAGCCCUACGAGUUCGUCAAGCAGCAGAUGCGAGAGAAAAAGCACAAAGUCUCCUUCCUCUCCCAGGCUCUCGAGAACAUUGGUUCAGACGCUGCGAUGGAGCGUAUCCACAAGUGGUCCGCUUCUUCGAUGUAUUUGGGCGGCGCCGAUACCACUGUCUCUUCUCUGAUGACUUUCUUCCUCGCCAUGACUGUUUUCCCUGACGUUCAGAAGAAGGCGCAGGAAGAGCUCGACCGGGUCAUUGGCGGUCACCGUCUCCCCAACGCAGGUGACAAGGGCACACUACCUUACAUCGAUGCCGUAGUCAAGGAAACUCACCGCUGGCACCCCGUUGCUCCUCUGGCAUUGCCUCAUGCUGCUACACAAGAUGAUGUAAUCCGUGGCUACAGAAUCCCCAAGGGCGCGCUGAUUCUGCCGAAUAACUGGUGGUUCACCCACGACCCAGCAGUUUACGCCGACCCCAUGGCUUUCCGACCCGAGCGCUUCCUCGGCGAGACGCCAGAGCCCGACCCUCGCACCUGGACGUUUGGUUACGGACGCCGCGUAUGUCCCGGUCGCUAUAUCGCCGACAACGCGCUGUUCAUUACCAUUGCGCAGUCGCUCUCAGUAUUCAAGAUUGAUAAGCUGGUAGAGAACGGAAAGGUUGUGGAGCCCGAGGUGAAAUUCGAGCCUGGUGUCGUCAGCCACCCAAUUCCGUACAGGACGAGCAUCACACCCAGGAGCGAGAAGUACGCACAGUUGAUCAGGGAUGCUGAGACAGAGUACCCCUUCGAGGAGAGUGACGCUGAGGCAUUGAAGAAUAUCCGAGUUUGAACUGCUGGGUACAUUGGACAACUCGUAUUCCUGAUUGCAAAAAUGAGACUCGGACUCGAAUACCACUUUGUGUUCGUCUACCUGCACGUAUUGAGCCCCCUUCACCUGAAUUGAUAUGAGAGACGGGACAAC